AUGAUCAACAACAGUGGCAGCUUGUUUCCGUCCGCCCGCGUCGUAAGCACUGCCGUCGUUCCCAUAGAGUGCUUUUCGCCGGACGAAAUCUUGGAGCUACCGCCGAGUACUGCCCAGAAGACGGAUUGUUUGAGCUUGUUCUUCGUCGGGCUCUGGCGUGAAAACGUGGCGUUCGCAGAAGCGCUGCAGCAGUUUGAGCAACGAGCUGACUGGAUCAACUCUCGCUGGUUGAGCUUGAUCCAAGUGAUCAUGUGA